AUGCCCCCGUACACCAAGUGUGAUCUGAGCAUCCAGGCCCGCUUCGCGGAGCUCCCCCAGGGCGGCAAGAUAAUGGCUGAGUACAUCUGGGUCGGCGGCAACGGUGAGCUCCGCUGCAAGACACGCACGCUCGAGGCCAAGGACGCCAAGGCCGCCCCCGCCGACCUGCCCAUCUGGAACUUCGAUGGGUCUUCGACCGAGCAGGCGCCGGGCGACGACUCCGAGGUUCUCCUCAAGCCGUGCGCCGUCUACAAGGACCCCUUCCGCCCGGGGAGCGACAACAUCCUUGUGCUUUGCGACUGCUACAAGCCCGACCCCGACGGCCCGCGCGGCCUCGGCGAGCCGAUCCCGACCAACACGCGCGCCGAGUGCGAGAAGAUCAUGACCAAGAUCAAGGCGGCCGAGCCCUGGUUCGGCAUCGAGCAGGAGUACACCCUCUUCGAGCCCGACAAGAAGACGCCGUACGGCUGGCCCAAGAACGGGGAGCCCGGCCCGCAAGGGCCGUACUACUGCUCCAUCGGCACCGAGAACGCCUUUGGCCGCGCGGUGUGCGAGGCGCACUACAAGGCGUGCCUCUACGCUGGCAUCAACAUCUCGGGCAUCAACGGCGAGGUCAUGCCCGGCCAGUGGGAAUACCAGGUUGGCCCAUGCACCGGCAUCGAGUCGCCCGACCAGUUGCUGGCCUCGCGCUACCUGCUCAUCCGCGUGUGCGAGCAGUAUGGCGUGGUGGUCUCCUUCGACCCGAAGCCCAUCCCGGGCGACUGGAACGGCGCCGGCUGCCACACCAACGUGUCGACCAAGGAGAUGCGCGCCGAGGGCGGGUACGAGGCCAUCAAGAAGGCGAUGGAGCGUCUGGGCGCCCCGGGCAAGCAGGAGGAGCACAUCCAGGCAUACGACCCCUCUGGUGGCCUCGACAACCAGCGCCGCCUGACGGGCGCGCACGAGACGGCCUCGUACAAGGAGUUCUCCUGGGGCGUCGCCAACCGCGGCUGCUCGGUCCGCAUCCCGCGUAUGACGGAGAAGGAGAAGAAGGGCUACUUCGAGGACCGCCGGCCCGCCUCUAACAUGGACCCGUACAUCGUCACGGGCAAGAUCAUGGAGACGACCGUGCUGCCCGACUUCCAAUAG